GCGUAGUCUGUGUGUCUACUUGCUCCUCAGAUAACCGCAAACUACUAUUUAGAUACAACCAUUCGAAGUCAUCUCGGAUUUCAUACAAAGUGUUGUUGGUUGGUGGUAGCGUUUUGAUUUGAAUUGGCGCGUUCGGUAUCAACAAAUUGAAAAAUGACUUGAAUGACCAUUUGGUGCGUUUAUCGAAAAAAAGUCGAUUGUGAAUGUGUGCUGGCAUGUGCUAAAAGUUCGAACCAGUUAUCAGGAAAGGACCUCGAUAAAGCGCAAAAUGCCUUGGCUAGUGAUUGUAGUAGCGGUGUGUAUUGGAAUUCACGCUACAAAGUCACAAACCGUCCAAACCACAUACUUGUGUCCGGAAAACUUUCAUUCGGUUGGAAAAAAGUGUUACCACUUCAGUACACAAGAAGCCAAAUGGACGGAUGCCCACUUCCACUGCCAAGUAUUAAAUAGUACCUUAUCAGUUAUUAAUUCUUAUAGGGAACAAAAUUUAUUGAAAGACUUCCUCAGCUGCAGCAACAAAACGACAAUACCUCUAACUGAACGUUGGAUUGAUGGAAUAUAUGACUGGAAAGAGAGGACUUGGAAAUGGGGUUCCAGUGGAAAACAUAUUACUUUCAAUGCUUUUUCGAGAAAGCAUUUAGGAGAUGACUAUAAAUGGAAAUGUAUAGCUCUAAAUGGUGCCAAACGUAACAAGUGGUUCCCAAGAAAAUGCACUGAUAAUAAAAUGUUCAUGUGCGAGACAGAUACCAACGUGGUGGUUCAGUUCAAUAUAUACAAUAAGAAGAAGAGGAGAUUCGAUAUUUCCAAAUGUUCCAGUGGAGAGAGGUUGGAAAAAUAUGAGAAAAGAAAAUGUCUGAAAAUGCUAGGUGACAUUGGAAAAAAAGGCCCUGAAAAUUUUGUCAAGAAACCAGCUAGAGCCACGAGAAGAAGAAAUGCAGAUGGUUGGAUAUGCCCGCCAAACAUGAUUAGCCUGGGAAAUAGGUGUUAUUUCUUCAGUGAUAAUGAGGCUACAUGGGAAAAAGCAUUCUUUGAAUGCAGGAAAAAUGGAAGCAAACUUGCUAUAAUAAGAAACAGGUCUCAGGAUCAUAAUCUCAGACGUUUCUUGAACAAUUUCAUUGAGAGACAUGACAGAUGGAUUGGAGGAAUCUACGACUGGAAAAGUACGAAAUGGAGAUGGGCUAUGACUGGACAACCAAUAAAUUACAGAGGUUUCAAUGACAGUGUGUAUCGAAGAAAUAUAAAGGACUUGACGUGGAACAGCAUUUUCAUGGAUCCAAGAUUAGACAACCAGUGGAAUGCAGCGAAACAGACAGCCAAUAAGCGAUACAUUUGCCAAGUAAAAGCAAAAGCUGUCAAAAGAUUGGGUAACAACAGAAUCAAACCAGCACAAGCAGUUAUCAGCAUUUUAGAUUAACUGGAAGUGCUAGCAAAGUAUUUGUUGUAUUGAAGCACAUCUGAAGAAAUACGAGUACAUGCACAAUUUUUUGUUAAGUGUUCAUUACAUAUCACGACUGAGUGACUUUUUUCAGUUCGGACUAAAUUUUUACAAUUAAUAACGUCAGUGAAGUAAUCACCUCACCUCAUAUACGUG